CCAGACUUUGGUCGUGUCACAGAAUCCAAACAAUUCCUAAAAUGAAACCAUUUGGGUUGGUUAUUUUUCUUACAGCAUCCGUUUGUGCUGACCCGCCUUAUGACAAUGACAACAGUUCGCUACCUGACGAUAGGAUUAUCGGUGGUAAACCUACGAAAAUAACUAAAUUCCCUUAUCAAGUAUCUCUCCACAACAACGGAAAGUUCUUGUGUGGGGGAUCCAUAAUCACUAGAAAAUUUGUUCUCACCGCUGCUCAUUGCACCAAUCACGAUGGGUUAGUGAAGGUUUCAAUUUAA